UGGGUGCAAGGGGCAUGUGGGGGUACUUGUGCUUCCUAUGCCGCCCCCCGGGGCCUGAGCCCCGGACCCAGGAGGCCCCAGUAACUGGAGGUGACCCUGAGGCAGCAAGACCCCCGAGGAAGGGUGUGAGCCCUGCAGACGACUGUGAAGCACGCCAGGCUGGGCUCCUGUUAGGACGGGGUGCCUGUGCCCAGGCAGCGGCUCAGAGGCAGCUGCUCCAUGCAGAACUGAAGCUGGUCCUGCAGCAGAAGGGAGACAGAAAGCAGGAGCCUACGACCCAGGUGACUCCCAGCAGCGCCAUGGAGGUCAGGAGUCGGAGUGCUGAGGAGCUGAGGCGGGCGGAGUUGGUGGAGAUCAUCGUGGAGACGGAGGCGCACACUGGGGUCAGCGGCAUCAACGUAGCGGGCGGCGGCAAGGAAGGAAUCUACAUUCGCGAGCUGCGCGAGGACUCGCCGGCUGCUAGGAGCCUCAGCUUGCAGGAAGGGGACCAGCUGCUGAGCGCCCGCGUGUUCUUUGAGAACUUCAAGUACGAGGAUGCACUACGCCUGCUGCAAUGCGCCGAGCCUUACAAGGUCUCCUUCUGCCUGAAGCGCACUGUACCCACCGGGGACCUGGCGCUGCGGCCUGGGACCGUGUCUGGCUACGAGAUCAAGGGCCCUCGGGCCAAGGUGGCCAAGCUGAACAUCCAGAGUUUGUCCCCUGUGAAGAAGAAGAAGAUGGUGGUGCCUGGGGCCCUGGGGGCCCCUGCAGACUUGGCCCCCGUUGACGUCGAAUUCUCCUUUCCCAAGUUCUCCCGUCUGCGUCGGGGCCUCAAAGCCGAGGCUGUCAAGGGUCCUGUCCCAGCUGCUCCCACCCGCAGGCGCCUCCAGCUGCCUCGGCUGCGCGUCCGAGAAGUGGCCGAAGAGGCCCAGGUAGCUCGGCUGGCCGCCGCUGCUCCUCCCCCCAGAAAAGCCAAAGCAGAGGCUGAGGUGGCAGCAGGGGCCCGUUUCACAGCACCCCAGGUGGAGCUGGUUGGGCCUGGGCUGCCAAGCACAGAAGUGGGUGUCCCCCAGGUCAUAGUCCGCAAGGGGGAGGAGGCCCCUGCAGGAGAAGCAGCCGCGGGCUUUGCCCUCCACCUGCCAACCUUUGGGCUUGGAGCCCCUGCUGCACCUGCUGUGGAGCCUGCGGCCGUAGGGAUUCAGGUUCCCCAAGUGGAGCUGCCCACCUUGCCCUCUCUACCCACUCUGCCCACACUACCUUGUCUGGAGACCCGUGAAGGAGCGAUGGCAGCGCUGGUGGUGCCCACCCUGGAUGUGGCAGCACCUACUGUGGGGGUGGACCUGGCCUUGCCGGGCACAGAGGUGGAAGCCCGAGAAGAGGUGCCCGAGGUGGCCCUAAAGAUGCCCCGCCUCAGUUUCCCUCGCUUUGGGGCUCGAGCAAAAGAAGUAACUGAGGUCAAGGUGACCAAGGGCAGCCCUGAGGUCAGGGUGAAGGGGCCCCGACUUCGGAUGCCCACCUUUGGGCUCUCUCUCCUGGAGCCCCGGCCCACCGCCCCUGAUGCUGUUGAGAGCAAGCUGAAGCUGCCUACCAUCAAGAUGCCUUCCUUUGGCAUUGGGGUCUCGGCGCCUGAGGUCAAGGUACCCAAGGGGCCUGCAGUGAAGAUCCCCAAGGCCCCUGAGGUCAAGCUCCCUAAAGUGCCCGAGGCAACCCUUCCAGAAAUGCAACUCCCAGAGGUUGUGCUUCCAAAAGUGUCAGAGAUGAAAGUCCCAAAGGUGCCCGAGAUGGCCGUGCCCGAGGUGCGGCUUCCAGAGCUCCAGCUGCCAAAGGUCUCUGAGAUGAAGGUGCCCGAGAUGGCCGUGCCCGAGGUGCGACUCCCAGAGGUGCAGCUGCCGAAAGUCUCAGAGGUGAAGCUCCCGAGGGUCCCCGAGAUGGCCGUGCCCGAGGUGCGACUCCCAGAGGUGCAGCUGCCGAAAGUCUCAGAGGUGAAGCUCCCGAGGGUCCCCGAGAUGGCCGUGCCCGAGGUGCGACUCCCAGAGGUGCAGCUGCCGAAAGUCUCAGAGGUGAAGCUCCCGAGGGUCCCCGAGAUGGCCGUGCCCGAGGUGCGACUCCCAGAGGUGCAGCUGCCGAAGGUCUCAGACAUGAAGCUCCCGAGGGUCCCCGAGAUGGCCGUUCCCGAGCUGCGACUCCCAGAGGUGCAGCUGCCGAAGGUCUCAGAGAUAAAGCUCCCAAGGGUCCCCGAGAUGGCCGUGCCCGAGGUGCGACUCCCAGAGGUGCAGCUGCCGAAGGUCUCAGACAUGAAGCUCCCCAGGGUGCCCGAGAUGGCCGUGCCCGAGCUGCGACUCCCAGAGGUGCAGCUGCCGAAGGUCUCAGACAUGAAGCUCCCAAAGGUGCCUGAGAUGGCUGUGCCUGAGGUGCGACUCCCAGAGGUGCAGCUGCCGAAGGUCUCAGAGAUGAAGCUCCCGAGGGUGCCCGAGGUGGCCGUGCCCGAGGUGCAGCUUCCAGAGGUACAGCUGCCCAAGGCUCCUGAGGUGCAGCUAAAAGCUGCCAGGGCAGAGAAGGUAGAGGGGGUGGAAUUUGGCUUCAAGAUGCCCAAGAUGACCAUGCCCAAGCUAGGGAGGGCACGGUCCCCGCCACGAGGCAAGCCAGGCGAGGCAGGGGCUGAGGUCUCAGGGAAGCUGGUGACACUUCCCUGUCUGCAGCCAGAGGUGGACACUGAGGCUCGUGUAGGUGUCCCCUCUCUCUCUCUGCCCUCAGUGGAGCUAGACCUGCCCAGGGCACUCAGCCUGGAGGGGCAGGUCCCAGCGGCCAAAGUGGGCAAGGUGGAGCAGGCAGAAGGCAAAGUAGCACAGGCAGAGGGGAGGGUGGAAUGGGCAGAGGGCAAGGUGGCAGCAGGGGUCGGGGAAGUGACCUUCCGGAUGCCCUCUGUUGAGAUCGUCACUCCACAGCUGCCCACGGUAGAAGUUGAGGAAGGGCGGGUGGAGGUGAUGGAGACGAAAGUCAAACCCACUUCCAAGUUCUCCCUGCCCAAGUUUGGACUCUCGGGGACAAAGGUGGCCAAGGCAGAGGCUGAGGGGGCUGGGCGAGCCACCAAGCUGAAGGUGUCCAAGUUCGCCAUCUCACUCCCCAAGGCUCGGGUGGGGACUGAGGCUGAGGCUAAAGGGGUCGGGGAGGCAGGCCUGCUGCCCGCCCUCGAUCUGUCAAUUCCUCAGCUCAGCCUGGAUGCCCAUCUGCCCACAGGCAAGGUGGAGGUAGCGGGGGCCGAUUUCAAGCUCAAGGGUCCCAGGUUCACCCUGCCCAAGUUUGGGGUCAGAGCCCGGGACACCGAGGCAGGAGAACUAGUGCCAGGGGUGGCCGAGUUGGAGGGCAAGAGCUGGGGUUGGGAUGGGAAGGUGAAGAUACCCAAACUGAAGAUGCCCUCCUUUGGCCUGGCUCGGGGGAAGGAGGUAGAAGUCCAGGGCGGGCGUGUCAGCCCGGGGGAAAAGGCAGAGUUCCUGGCUGGGCAGAUUAAGAUCCCUGAGGUGGAGCUUGUCACACUGGGGGCCCAGGAGGAAGUGGGGGCGCCCGGGGUGGUGGCUGUCAGUGGGGCACCGCUGUCAGGCCUGCAAGUGUCCACAACCAGGCAGGCAGGCCCUGAAGGCCAGGAGGGGGCGCUGAGGGUGCCCCUGGGCAUCUCUCUGCCACAGGUGGAGCUGACCAGCUUUGGUGAAGCUGGCCUGGGUGUCACCUCAGGGGUCCAGGUUGAGAGCGCAGCUCCUUCAGCAGAGGGCACAGCAGGUUACAGGGUCCAGGUGCCUCAGGUGACCUUGUCUCUGCCGGGAGCCCAGCGGGAGGGUGGUGAGCUAUUGGUGGGAGAGGGCGUUUUCAAGAUGCCCACUGUAACAGUGCCCCAGCUUGAGCUGGACGUGGGGCUGAGCCGAGAUGCCCGGGUGGGUGAGGCAGCCGCAGACGAGGGUGGGCUACGGCUGAAGAUGCCUACCCUGGUGGCCAGAGCUGGGGCUGGGGUCGGGGGCCCUGGAGACCAGCUCCCAGGGGUCGAACGAACCUUCCACCUCUCACUGCCUGACCUGGAGCUGUCGCCACCUGCCAUGGGCAGCCAUGCUGAGUACCAGGUGGUAGAGGGUGAGGGAGACACUGGACACAAGCUCAAGGUUCGUCUGCCCAGGUUUGGCCUGGUGCGGGCCAAGGAGGGGGUGGAGGAGGGCGAGAAGGCCAAGAGCCCGAAACUCAGGCUGCCCCGUGUGGGCUUCAGCCAGAGCGAGGCUGUCUCCAGGGAAGGCUCCCCCAGCCCCGAGGAGGAGGAGGAGGAGGAGGAGAGCAGUGGAGAAGGGGCUUCUGGUCGCCGAGGCCGCCUCCGAGUUCGCUUGCCCCGAGUGGGCCUGGCUACUUCUUCCAAGGCCUCUGGGGGACAGGAGGGCGAGGCAGCCUCCAAGUCCCCUGGUCGGGAGAAGUCCCCCAAGUUCCGCUUCCCCAGGGUGUCCCUGAGCCCCAAGGCCCGGAGUGGGAGCAGGGACCCAGAAGAGGGUGGAUUCCGGGUUCGACUGCCCAGCGUGGGGUUUUCGGAGUCAGGGGCUCCAGGCCCCACCAGGAUGGAGGGGACUCAGACCGCUGUCAUCUGAAGCCCUGGGCAGAGGGAGAGUCCCCUCUGGCCUUCCCAUCCCCCACCCCUUGUUUUGUGUGUGAGAUAACCUACACUAACCCUCAGAGGGCCGGGAGGUAGGUGACUGCGGGCAGGGCCGGGAGGCCUCAUGCCGGCUCAUUGGCAAGAGUGUCUGUAAUUUGCCAAGCCAUGUGAAUAAA